GCCCGAAUUUCAUAUACGAGCUUCCUGCAGCGAGGGGAUAUAAGGACGGUCUCGGAUUUUAAUUCGGGGUUCGUUCGUGAAAUUGACGUUUUAGUACGGGAGGCUAGAACCGGUGUUUGAACGACCAGAACUGAUCAUCACCAGCAACAGCAGUAGAUAGGUGUAUAGGUGGGAGUUGAGCAAGAGUUGAAG